UUUCGUUCGAAUGAUCUCGGGGAUUUUUCGUUUCGGAGGUUUUCAUAAUGUAUGUAUCAGAUUCCAGCAUAUUUCCUCAAGCUGGACUAAGAGUUAGAAUAACUAGCAUGAGUGGACAAGAUUUCUUGACAGAGUUGAAGGCGGAUAUGAAGAUAGAUGAAUUGAAGAUUAUAUCUUUAAAUCAUUUUUCAAGUCCUGCUGACAGUAUGAAGAAAUCCUUAUACCAUCGAAUUUUGCUAGUGCGCACAGGAAAGGUUUUGUCAGAAGAAAAGACGGUAUUUGAGGAGGGAUUACAAAACAAUGAUGAACUAUUACUACUCAAGAAAAGAUUACCAGCCAUGAACUUUGACACGAAAGAUCGAACAUCAAAUGUGAAGGAUGAUUCUAAGAAGAUCCCCACAGAAGAUAUAAUCAACAAACUGACAUCAACACUACCCAAAGCACAGACAGUCAAACUACCAGAACAAGCAUCAGUUACAGUGGAUUUUCAGACAGAGCUAAGAAAAAUACUAAUCUCCCUAAUAGAGGCAUCACAGAAAAUUUUGAGUCUGAAUCCAGAAGCAUCCAAAAUAUUCACACAAGCUGAAGAGAUGUUGAAAGAACCAGUCCCAGAACAGGAGAUUGAUGCUACAGCAUUAAAACAGCUGUGUGACAUGGGAUUUCCUGAAAACAGGGCCAAGAAAGCUCUGCUUCUCAAUGAUAUGUCUGUGAUGUCUUCAAUGGAGUGGCUCAUCCAACAUGAGUCAGAUGUAGAUGUAGAUGAACCUCUACCUGGAAGCUCAAUCAAUAAGGAGGAGGGUGCUGUUGGUGGAAAAGAGGAGAAAACUUCUGUCACAAAAAAUGGGCAUCAAACCACCAACAUACUGCAGUCACUGAGGGAGUAUCGCAAGAGAGAGUUCAAACCAAACCACAAGAUAUUACAAAACCUUGUUGAGAUGGGAUUUGAUGAAAAAGAUGCCUUGGAUGCCCUGCGUAUCAGCAGAAACAAUCAAAACGAUGCAUGUGAGUGGUUAUUGGGCGACAGGAAAUCACAACCCCAGGACCUGGAUGAGGGUCUGGAUACAAAUGGUGCUGUGUACAAAGCCAUCAUGGCAAACCCACAAGUGCAAUUAGGUCUUAACAACCCUAGGUGUCUAUUAGCCUUUUUACAGAUGCUUGACAGUCCUCUGGCAGCACAACAGUGGUUGUCUGAUCCUGAUACUGGUCCACUUUUGGUGCAGGUGUCCAGGAUUUAUCAUGCAGAAAAGCAUGCAGAGUUAUAAUUUGACUUCACAAUGAAUAUUUGAUCAGAAUCCAGCCAAAAAGUGUUUUGUACAAUAGGUCACUUGAAUCACUAGGGUGAUCUAUUGCAAAAUGUUCCCAUCUGUUAUCAUUAUUUUUGACUUUCAGCUUCUUUUAAGACUCCCCCCCUCCCCUUGGGCUUGAGGAGUGAUACAAAUCCUUCAAAAUAAGAAUUAUUUUUUAUUACUAGAAUUUGAAGGAGAUAAAAUGAUUGCAUGUGUAAAAUGGGCACAAGUAGGCUUUUAGUUUGUUUCUUGGGUUAUAGAAGCAAAUGACACACCUUCUUCUACAGUGUAAUCUACACAAAAGUUGGAUUUGAUGAAAAGUAUGCAUAAACCUACAUGUAGGAUGCACUGGGGACAUGGGGUCAAAAAAGGCCUGGCUUCUGAACUUCAUACCUUACAUGAUAGAUUAGAAAUUAGUGUGUGGUUUUCUAAUGUGUAUAUAUAAUGGUCAAACAAUGGAUUCAAGUUAAUUUUGUGGACAAAAUCAAGAGGGAGAAGUAUAAUUAUAUGGUAGAAUAACUUAGAACAGAGAAACUUGUGCAGCUUGAUAUAAGUGUGGAAGCUGUAUGAAGCAAGUAUCUGAGAAAAAUUGUGUUAUGAUACUCGAAUGAGAGUAUAGUAUUAAAGGACCCAUGGGUCCUUUGUCAUAUUAUCCUUGAACAGCUGUGAUAUUGUCUGUAAAAAAACAUUAUAUUUUAUGCAACCCUUUGUGCUUUAUAAUGUUAGAUGUUGUUCUUGUGUUAACCUGCUGAUUGUUAAUUUUUUAUAGAGAAAAUGUUUAAUAAAUUAUUAGUGUUUCAAAAUGAA